ACCCUCAAACCCGACACUCCCCACAUUGCCGACAAUCAUCGCUUGUUUGCUGACGAGCUUAAACAUUGGCGUAACGUAGUUCCCUUGAAAUUAUUAAAAUCGUUAACUUCGCAGCCCCGGCAGUUUGAAGAGCAGUUCGUCAGCUGGCACGCUUCGUCUACCUUCGCAGCUAUGUUCCAUAAGAGUAUGCCUUUAGUUUAGACAAUCCGCUAAGAUGUCCGAGGCCAGUGCCACGCUGAUCGAAGGAAUCGGCGACGAGGUGCUGGUGUUUGCAUCCAUCUCUUUCACCUUAGUCGCCGGUCUCCUCGUGGUCGUCUACGUCCAGUCGGUUUUUUCGACACGCAGUGGAGCACAGGAUCAGUCUACGCGGCAGGACGUAAGCUCUGCACAGAAUGGCAGUGCCCGUGUUAUGGCCUCUGCGCCAUCCGGGGGGGACCGUGCGUCGCCCAGGCAGACUGAGCUCGCUCCUGGCGACAGUGAAGCGGCGACGAGCGAUUCUUCAGCCAGUCGAGACCGCGGUGACGAGUCCCGGCCGCUGCAGCCGGAGUGCGAGGAACGCAGCGCCGAGGAAGAAGAGCUGAGCCCCGACGUCGUUCGUCAGAGGCGGCUGGAUUUCAUCGAGAGGAGCUCUCGCGUCGAAAGUAUAAGCGGCGUCGAGCCGGUGGAGCCGGACUCGGGUGAAGACUCGGCCCACUCCACCGAGGAAGCAGCACGAGAAGAGGAAGAAGAAGAGGGCUUCGCCAUCCGCCUCAAGUACUUGAAUGACACCGAGCGCUGCGUUAGGGGCAAGCCAGACGAGACAGUAGGAUCGUUCAAGAGGUAAGCACUCGGUGUCCUGCUUAC